AUGAAGAAAAUAGCCAAACCCUUGACUUAUAUGAUUUUGCCCAGGACUUCCGCAUUGGCGGACAAGGAAGCGCAUCUGCGCUCUCGCAUUUGCAAGUUAAAAAGCGCCAAAAAGAGCGCAGAGGCGAGCUUCUUUGCGGCUGCGAUCGCUGGACUGCAAAAGCGGCCUUCGCACCUGCGUGCUAUCCUCCGUAGAAGCGAGCGAGCUCCAAGACCACUAUGGCGGCAGAACGACCAGGAUCAUGCAGAAGCGGAGCUGCACCUGCACUUCAAGAUAUCGCAGGACAUCUUUGCGGGAGGAACUGAUACAACUUACAUAGUGUUGGAAUGGGCCAUGACAGAGCUUCUAAGGCAUUCUAAUGCCAUGAAGAAACUCCAGAAUGAAGUGAGAGAAAUAGGUAAAGGGAAAAAAGAAAUAGUAUGUGGGGAUGACUUAGACAAAAUGCAUUACUUAAAAGCAGUAAUUAAGGAAACACUGCGCUUACAUCCUCCGAUUCGUCUGCUAAUUCCUCGCCAAGCAAGAGAAGAUGCUAAAGUAAUGGGCUAUGAAAUUGCAGCUGGAAGUAUGGUUAUAACUAAUGGUUGGGCUAUAGGGAGAGACCCUACAAUUUGGGAUAAUGCAGAGGAGUUUAAGCCAGAGAGAUUCUUGAAUUCGUCUAUAGAUUUUAAAGGGCAUGCUUUUGGAUUGAUACCAUUUGGAGCAGGAAGAAGGGGAUGUCCUGGAAUUUCAUUUGCUAUGGCUACUAAUGAGCUUGUGUUAGCAAAUGUUGUGAAGAAUUUUAAUUGGGAGUUGCCAAAGUGGCAAGAUCUGGAUAUGACUGAAUGUACUGGUUUAACCAUUCACAGGAAAAUUCCUCUGCUUGCUGUUGCAACUCCAUGCAACUCUAAGUUAAAUAAAGAGUAA